AUGUUAUCUUCAUCCUUCCCAGUGAACUCUGCAGGAUCCAACAGAGAAAAUGACUUUGGCAUCAACCAACAAGCUCUCCCCUUCUCCUUUUACUUCAACUGUGAGUUGGCUAAGGAUUCACAGAAGAGCAUAGCCUGGAGAUGGAAGCGGCUCCAUGAGGAAUAUAUCUACAAAUCCACCCUGUCAUUCAUACAUGAGCACUUCAAGGAAUGACUACACCUGAACUGAACACAGGGUUGGACAUCUGAAGUCUUAAGAAUACAUAAUUUGAAGGAGAAUUACCAGGCCACAUACUUCUGGAAUAUCUGGCUGAGCACAAUAGAAGGCAUGAAGUUUUGGCAUUCAAUUCCUGGGACCCAACUCACCAUUGUCCUUAAACACAGCACCACCAUGAGGAGCCCCUCCAUCAUCACAUCUGUACUCACCACAGUUAGUCUGGAGGACACAUGGUGCCAGAUGAAUCCUUCACUGCUCAACGUGGGAGCCAUGAUCACAUUGAUUAUGGACAAAUUUGUGGUUAUAAUCUUCAUCUAUAGAUUCAUGACCUUCCUGUGUUGGAAAUAA